AUGAUAAUUUAUUAUUAAUAUCUUAAAAAUAGUCCUUUUCUUAUAGAAUUUAAUUCACACCUUCAAAAAGACAAAUUUUUUUAUCUAUUUUAGAUUCCUUUAGGUAUUUAUAAAUUAGAUUAUUUAAUUAUUGUUAUUCAUAGAUAGCAGAAGCAUCAAAUUUUAUUUGAGUAUCAAUUGAAUCUCUUUUAUUCAAGUUUUAGUAUCAAAGAAAAUAAAAAAUUUAAUAUUGAAAAGUAUAAAUAUAUUAAUCAUUUUCAAAUAAACUUUCCUUCCUUAAGAAAAUCAAAAAUUAAUUAUAUCUUUAAUUAUUAUAGCUUAGAAGAAAUAAAAAAAAUCUUAAAUUAAUAUCAAUAAGGGAGCAUCAAUUACAUUUUAAUAAUAUUGCUAAACUAUCUGGAUAUUUGGAAUUCUCGAUAUAUCCCAUAUAUAGAUACUAUGUUUAUGGAACAUUUAUAAUGA